AUGACAUCAAACCUCAUGGCCACGGAGAAAGGCGGCGAGCAGACACAGUACGAAGCCGAAGCCUCGGAUAUGGUGCCGCACAAGAAAGAAGCCGGGCAGCUAGGUGCCUCAGCAGCCCAAGGCGGAUCCACACUCCAACCCACUUCAGCCUCAGACACCAAAACCAACGCGCCAAACACCCACGGCAUCACGCCCGCGGAGAAGAUCAGGUACGGCCAGAGCAUCAGCGAGGGCGGGAUGGGGGGGCAGACUGUGGGGAUGGGCGGGGUGGUGGAUAAGGAGGAAGGGACGGGGGAUGCUAGGAAAGCCAUGGGGUAUACGGAGGGCGGGGAGGGGGAUGGGAUUGGGGGUUGA